UUGGUCAAUGAACGACAAGAUCCUACGCAAACCUCUCAACGGAUCUAGAAGCACAGAGACUGUAUACUCUAACUCCGAUCUAUCCGCAAUCACCGGAUUGAGCAUUGAUCUCAGCCGAGAUCCCCGACGCAUAUUUUUCUGCGACUAUGGUACGGGACGAACUUUCUACAAGGACGUAAACCAAAAUAUCACAAUGGCUCACGAGCUCACAGACUACAUGAAUGACCCUGACAUCAAUGACGAUGAAGAGCGAAAAUACCGAAAAUACCGAGAUAUAAGCUACUUCAGUGGCGCCCUCUACUGGACGAGGGAAGGGAGUCACAAAGGCAUCGCUGUCAUGACUAAUUACGAUCAAAGCAGUCCAUCAUUCAACAUAAAGGAAAGCAGUCAAUUUACACCCCGUGAUCCCUAUCAAUUGGUCAUCAUUAAUGUAGAUCCAUGACCAAUAUUUAACAAAAAUGAGUUCGGUUGUCUACUGUUUAUUUGAUUCAGCGUUGUCAACAUUGUCAUAUCAGAUAUGACAUGGUAAC